AUGAAAUUCAGUGGCGCUAUGAACAUCGCGGCCCUCGCGGCCCUUUCUUUCUCUCCUGUUGCCCUCGCGGCCCUUGAUUUCUCGUCCGUUGCCGUCGCUUUGUUGAAUCCUUCGUGUCGUGACGCCGUCGAUUCCAUUAGCAGAAUGUCGAGCCAUAUCAUUCAGAAUAUGCAGAAAUAUGCCUGUGCCGCUGGCUGUGAGCCCGUCAUCAGCCAGUGGGACAGCGAGGUGAAGAACGAUAUCGUCGACGCAUUGAUUGAAGAUGGUGUUCGAUACACUGGUAUCCAUGAUCCUGUGGCUCAAAAGAAGUUUGCCGCCGGUAUCAACGAGGUGUUCGUGACGGUCACCACCAAGUGUCAGGACAAGUUCGAAGACAAGCAUUUGUGCCAUGACCCCGACAGUCUAAAUCCUUUUGUACAAUGUAUCGACGACAACUCACGGGCUGCGGUUGUCAAAUCCCUUCGCGGAUUGCUUCCCUACAUGUCGGAGCAGAGAUGCAGGAAAGUGGCCGAUUACUUCAACAGCGACCAACUGUGGAAGGAGGACUUUCCGGAACACUUCAAGGAAUAUGUCGACCAAUGCCAUGACCUGUGA